UUUGUCAACAUCAUCCGCGCCUUACGUCCGCGAGCACUGCAACCUCGCCACCCCCACAUCACAUCACCGGAUCACCGCAUUUAGCGACAUGGAGUUCACCAUCCGCGCCGCCAACGUGGACGACUGCAAGGACAUCGCGCGCAUGAUCACGGAAUUGGCAGAAUAUGAGAAAGCCAUAGACCAAGUAAGAAUCACACAAAGAGAUUUGGAGCAGGAUGGUUUCUCAAAAAACCCAUUCUUCCAUGGGAUCAUUGCUGAAGUGCCAGAACCACACAAAACCAAAGAAGGCCAUGCAAAGGUGGGCUAUGCACUUUAUUACUUCUCCUACUGCUCAUACAGAGGCAGGGCUGUUUUUAUGGAAGACUUAUAUGUGAUGCCUGAAUUUAGAGGGAAGGGUAUUGGCAAGGCACUAAUGAGCAAAGUUGCACAGCUUGGUUUAGCAGCAGGCUGCCAGCAGCUAAACUUCACAGUUCUGGACUGGAACAAGUCAUCUCUGGACUUUUACUUGAAUCAGGGGUGCACUGACACUACAGCAGAGAUGGGAUACCACUACAUGUGCUGUAAGGGAGAGGCCUUGGAGCACCUUGCCCAGCCAUAGCCCAGUCAUAAACCAUCUUUCGGGAUCCAGGUUUAUUCAAACAGCACAGGGAAACGGCUCUAUCUAGUGGUCAGCUGUAAAAUGACAAGGGCAACAUACAAACGGUGUAUUUACAUGGCCAUUACACAUUAGGUAACUAGAAUAAUAUGAUAAUCCAGUAAUAAGAUCUGGUUAUUGCUGUGUUUACAUGCACAUCACCAAAACACCUGCAGAAUUAGGUGAUCUCAGUAUGAAAGAUUUUAAUGCCACAAAAAUGCAACACUAAAGAUUUCAAGCAAUAAUUUGCUCAUAAAAAUCAUGUUUACUAAACAAACUUCACCUUUGUUAUUAUAUGCAUCGAGCCAAUCACUAAGGGUGUGGACUGGGUACAAAACUGGGUAGCUGGUUGACUCAAUGCCAUGCACUUACUAUAAAUUUGAAUAAGACUGUGAAGAAGUGAGUUUGUUUUAGCAAUAUUUAUAACAUACUUUUACUCAUGUGGUUAUGUUAGCACAACUAUAAAUAUAUAAAUGUGACAUAAUGCACAAAUCCUUGUUAUGCAAUAAGAGUUAUAGACUGUUUAUGGACAAUAUGUUUAUUGUUGUUGUCUCACAAUGCUGCAUUUGCACUAUUUCAUUUAUUGGUAUAAUAUUACCAUAGAGCACAGUGGAGUCAUUUGGGUUCAUUGGACUGAACUGAACGUAGAAGUCUUGGAUAAGUCUCCUGUCUUUAAACCUGUCCCAUUAAACUCAGAAUGGCACAACCCCCAGCCACUGUUUUAAAUCCAGUUUGAUUUUUAAAAGAGAUCUUUAUGUAUCAUGUCCAAAAAUGUAAUGAAAACAGUCUGACUGUCUUUCCUCUCUCUCUAAACAAUAGGAACCACUGAGACUGUUUGGGAAUGCUGGAAUUUGAGUGUUGUUUACCAAAACUAGGAAUUGUUCUGUGUUAUUUUUCCUCAUUAUGUUUGAACAAACCGACCUAGCUUUGGAAAACAAAAUGUAAUUGUCUGCCAUGGCCUCUUCCAAAAGUCCACCGCAUGCACAUAUUUAUAUUUGCCUUGUAUGAAACUUCAGAAAUCUGCAUCUUAAGAUUCCCACAUGCAUUCUUCAAGUGAUUUCUAAAUCCAAGUUUUUAGAGGUUGUGUGCCAGUUUGAACCCAAAUAUGGCUAAAAAGUCAGUUUGUUGAGCUUACCUUAGGACCUAACAAUAUUUCUCAAUCUUAGUACUUUCAAGUCGAUAGUGAGAUGCUACUGUUAAUACUUACAAUAUGUUUUUAUGUCUUCAAUAUUGUACACUCAGGUAUGUAUUGUUUAAAACUGUGUAGACCAAUACGCUUUGGUUGAGGCCAAAAGUUUGCUAUGAUAUAUGUUUUCAAUUCAAUAAAAGUCAGUUAUAUCUGGG